CGGACAAGCUCAUACAGAGCUGUAAACUAUCGAAGGUUGAACAAAAGUUUUUUUUAUAAUAGAAAGACUUCCUUAUGAGACAAAGAUUAGAUUGUAAAGCGGUAUUACCUUGAUCCAAAAGAUGGCAACGGACGAGUGAUUGUAUGUGGGUGUAGUGAGUCAAAAUAGUUCAUGUUUGACGUCAUAAGCUCRAUGACUGCGUCAAAAUCACUGAACCAAAGUGACACGUGCUGAAUAUUCGAGUUUUGAUCUGAGAUCAUUGAAGGAAUAUGUGUGGGAGAACGGCCUGCACGCUCAAUCCCGACGAGAUUCCAAAAUACUGUCGCUACAGAAGCAAGAGUGGGAAACUGCAAACUCCUCAAUGGAAGAAAACUUCGUCUGCAAGCUAUUUUCCAUCAUACAACAUCGCACCACAAGCAUGCACUCCAGUCUUGAUAUCUAGUAAGCAUGUACCAAAGACAAGAAAUAAGGAAGAUGCUGAUGAUCUGCCAGAGAGGUCGCUACAGGCUAUGCGCUGGGGUCUUGUACCUUCCUGGUAUAAGGGAGGUCUAAAAGAAUUUAGUCUCAGUACAAAUAAUGCCCGUAAAGACUCACUCACUGAAAAAGCUUCUUUCAAGACUCCUUUGAUGAAGGGGAGAAGAUGUGUGGUCCUUGCCGAUGGAUUUUUUGAAUGGAAGUCUGAAAAUGCAGGAAAGAAGCAGCCAUAUUUCAUCUAUUUCAAGAAAGAAGACCAAAAACCAAUAUCAAGCGACCAGGAUGUCCCAAGAGAAGACAAUAAAAGACUCUUGACAAUGGCUGGAGUAUUCGAUUGCUGGAAGCCACAGGGUGUGAGUGAUGCCGACGAUGACAAUCUGGUAUAUUCCUAUGCUAUCAUAACAGUUGAUGCUUCAUCAUCAUUGAAUUGGCUUCACCACAGGAUGCCUGCAAUUUUGGACGGAGAUGAGGCAGUUCAACAAUGGCUGGACUAUGGAAGUAUACCCUAUACAAAGGCCAUCAAUCUCUUAAAAUCUGUAACUGACUGCUUGGAGUGGCACCCAGUCACUACACAGAUGAAUAAUAGCCGGUAUAAAGAGCCAGAUUGCAUCAAGCCACUCACCUUAAAUGGAAAUAGAAAACCAAGUAAGUGUGGCCUAAUGUCAUGGCUGGUAAAAAGUCCCAAAAAAGAAGUUAUCAAAACAGAACCAAAGACCUCUCAAGGUCACAAGAAUGCAGCAUCCACAGAGCAUGAGGACUCUUCGCCAGCAAAGAAAAUUAAGAUCGUAUAAGACAUCCGUUUUUACCCAUUUUAAGCAGUUGUAGUAUGGUUUGUAUUGUUUGUUAGGGCCUUAGAACCCUCUAUGGAAGCAAGGAUGGCAAUACCCGACCAAGACAGGAGCAUGUUUUUCAAAUUAUAGUUUUUCAUGCCCACUGUCAUUCUUGCUGUUGCCGUCCUUGCUUAGUACAUGAAAAAAGGCAACAACUGGCAUUCCAACAAAGACAGUAACAGCAAGGAUAAUAGUUUGUGCAUGGACAACCAUAGUCUGUCAUCACUGUCUUGCUCCAUUGUGAAUCUUAAGGUCCCUGUUGAAGAUUUCGUCUGCAGUUAGUGCUGAUUUCUAUUGAACAAUUUACCAGAAAUGUUGUCAGUCAGCAAGACGAUCAUUAUUUAUUUUUUUUAAUACUCACUUUUUCUGAAAUGUUAUUGAGUUGAUAAUAUUGUAGUUUAUACCAUCACAUAAUUUAUAUAAAGAAC